CCAACCGCUCCAGUUCCUAUGCACGUUCUAUGGUUUCACGGAGCUUAGCGAGGAUGACACAAUAAGCAAGCGGGAUAUCGUGAGAUAGUUUUUCUCAAGAAAAAGGGGGAAAAAAGAAGGAAAAAAAACACGGUUGCCCUCUGGGGCAAAAUAUUAACUACAAAGAAAAGCAUGCCAGGCUCCAUCAAGCUACCCAUUACAGUGAAAACUGAAAUCAAUGUGAUUCUUCUCAUCAUAACUGCUCUGGGACUGGUGACAAGAAUGUAUGGGAUUAAUUUCCCCAACGCUGUUGUGUUUGAUGAAGUCUACUAUGGCCAGUUUGUAUCACUUUACAUGAAGCAGGUUUUCUUCAUUGACGAAAGUGGCCCACCAUUUGGUCACAUGAUCCUAGCAUUGGGAGCUUACCUGGGAGGAUUUGAUGGAAACUUUGUCUGGAACAGAAUUGGAGCAGAAUACACCUGCAAUAUUACAGUCUGGAGUCUGAGGGUGAUACCAGCUAUGGCGGGGGCACUCUGUGUACCCCUUGGCUAUCUUCUAAUGGUGGAACUGAGAUGUUCCCAUUAUACAGCACUAGGGGCUUCCCUUCUCCUCCUCAUGGAAAACUCCCUGAUUGCUCAGUCUCGAUUUAUGUUGCUGGAAUCAGUGCUUAUCUUCUUUUUACUUCUUGCAAUCAUGUCCUAUCUGAGAUUUCACAAUGCUCAGAGAUUGAGCUCUCCACACAAGUGGGCAUGGUUAGUGCUCUCUGGGAUCUCAUGUGCUUGUGCAGUAGGUGUAAAGUACAUGGGACUCUUCACCUAUAUUCUACUUUUGUGUCUGGCCGCCUACCACACUUGGCAACUUAUUGGAGACAGAACACAAAGUAGUGUGACCGUCCUGGUGCAGGUAUUGGCCCGUUCUCUGGCACUCCUGGUGUUACCUGUGUUGCUAUACCUUGGAUUUUUCUAUGCUCACCUCAGCCUCCUGUACCACAGUGGACCCCAUGAUCAGAUGAUGAGCAGCGCUUUUCAAGCCAGUCUGCAGGGUGGCCUGGCAAGGAUCACACAAGGCCAGCCACUGGAGGUGGCAUAUGGCUCCCAGGUGACACUACGCAGCAAAUCAAGCAAACCUGUCCCAUGCUGGCUGCACUCCCACAAGGCCAACUAUCCCAUCAGGUAUGAAAAUGGGCGCGGUAGCUCCCAUCAACAGCAGGUCACCUGCUACCCCUUCAAAGAUGUCAAUAACUGGUGGAUUGUCAAAGAUCCAGGCAGACAGGACUUGGUGGUUAGUAAGCCACCCCGGCUCAUUAGACAUGGCGACAUUGUACAGCUGCUGCAUGGCAUGACAUCACGCUUCCUGAACACGCAUGAUGUUGCAGCUGCCAUGAGCCCUCACUCUCAGGAAGUGUCUGGGUAUAUUGACUUCAACGUAUCAAUGCCCGCCCAGAACCUGUGGAAAGUGGAAAUUGUCAACAGGGAGUCAAACAAAGAAGUGUGGAAGACCAUUCUGUCAGAGGUGCAGCUGGUACAUGUCAACACCUCCGCUGUGCUGAAGCUCAGCGGGUCCUCUCUGCCAGAUUGGGGUUUCAGGCAGCUGGAGGUGGUUGGAGAUAAGACCUGCAAGGUCUAUCAGCAAAGUGGAAUAUGGAAUGUAGAGGAACAUCGCUAUGGAACAAGCCAGGAACAGAAGGAGAGGGAGCUGGAGCUGCACUCACCCACACACAUUCACUUUAGCCAGAACCUCACUUUCAUGGCCAAGUUCCUGGAACUACAGUGGAAGAUGCUGAGUGUGAAGGCUGAAGUGUAUGAACACAAGUACAGCUCCUCUCCUACAGAAUGGGUGAUGAUGGAUACCAACAUUGCAUACUGGCUCCACCCUUCCAGCAAUGCACAGAUCCACUUGAUUGGGAAUAUUGUCACAUGGACUCUAGCCACUGUAGGCCUGGCAGUGUUUGCUUCUUUGUUCCUCUGGCAUCUGCUAAGACAGCAAAGGAAGAUAGAGGACAUUCCUGAAGCAACAUGGAGGCAGUUGACUCAAGUGGGUGUGGUAUGUGGUGGGGGUUGGGCAGUCAAUUACCUGCCCUUCUUCAUAAUGGAGAAGACUCUCUUUCUAUACCACUACUUACCAGCACUCAUCUUCAAGAUUCUGCUGCUCUCUGCUGUCUUAGAACAUCUGCAUGCACACAUCUUAAGAUAUUCCUCUCACCGUUGUGCCCUUGAUGGAAUAUUGAUGGCAGGACUUUUCUCAAUAUACCUCUCCUACCGAGCCCUGAGCCCCCUCACCUAUGGACAGCCAGAGUUAAGUUCUGAAGACCUGGCCUCACUGCACUGGAAAGACACUUGGGACAUCCUGCUGCGCAAACACUGACUCUGCCUCUCAGAACGGAGAGAACACUGGAAACUUUGAGUCUGAAGCUUAGCCAUUGAUUCACAUAUUAAUUUGGACAACUGUGGUUUCUGAAAAAAAAAGAUUUACUGUGUCUUCAUGCAAAUGCCUAUUUAUGACUACAAAUUAAAUGGUAGUUUAUCAAGUCUCUUCCUUAAACAAAAA